CUCGCACGACGCAUUUAUUUUAUUUAUUUCUUUUAAUCGCUGAAUUUAAUUAAUUCUUGAUUCCCUUUUGUCCGUCCCUGUGGAGACGAUACCCGUACUUACACCACUAUAUUACGAUCUAUUUUACGUGCGAGAAAACACACAUCAUGGGACAAAUACUUCAACACGCCCCCUUAGUUCGCACCGGGCUGGACAAUAUUGGGGUGUAUAAAUGGGCCAAACAGGCCCUUAACAAGCUACUCGUAAUCAUGGAUGCUAAACAAGCAGUCAAACCACAACCGGAAUUGGCUCUAAUACCAUGUUAAGACCUGGGGUUCCAUCCUAAAAGAUCAACCUGAUUGGAGGAGUAUCCCAAAGCCUUAUAUAGUGUGUUGGGAUAUAUUAUCCCGGCCUAUUACUGUUCAGGAGUCCAAGACAUCACUCAGUACGGAACCCGAGCAGCUAGGUCCAUUUCGGUCCAUUCUGGCCCACUUUAGCCAUUUGGGCCCAUUCCGGCCCAUGCGGCCCAUUAGGGUGGAUAUUUUCCCAUCCCUUUUCCCUAUAAAUAAGGAGCUUAGCCUCCAUUGUAGGGAUCCCUUCUUUAGCUUCUUCUUCCUUAUUUCUCUCUAGCUAGCUCAAUACUCCAUAAAUGGAGCUCAAAUUGUACUAUGUAAUGGUGAGGAGAGAUUAAUGAGAAUGAGAGGGCUUGGACAUUAGCCUAAAAAGUCCCGUGGUUUUCUCCCUUUCGGGUUUCCACGUAAAAACUGAGUGUUCAUACAUAUAUUUACUAUAUCGUGUUGGAUUAAACUCAACACUGGCGCCGUCUGUGGGAAUCUGUCCAAAAAGAUUCACGUUGUUCUUCAGUUUCUACAACAAAAUUCAUUCGAAAAUGGACUGAUUUUAGCAAAGGAAGAAGAAGUUCUGAAAUUUUGGUCUGGGGAAGCUCUAGCAGCACCUGCCCAACUGACCGAGGAGGAAGGGAGAAAGAAAGAAGAAAAAUUUUGGGAGGCAAAGGAGCUACGAAAUCUCGGAAUCCACAUAUGGAUUUUCUCAGAUCUUGUUUGGGGCUGCCGGAUCCACCGUACCCGCCGCCGUGAAAUCCCCGGUGGAUUUACCCACACCAGACGAAGCUCGCGGCAGCACCCCAGGUCGGGUCAUCCUCGCCUCUAGGGAAGCUCCGUCUGCAAACGGGCGCUCAUCGCUGGCAGCUGGUUCUACGACCUGAAUCGCCACCUACGCCGCUCGUUUUCGCCGUCCCACCAAGAGGCCUUAACAAAUUUCAGCCUGUCUUGCUCCAGAGGACUGGCCUCGCCGGGGACCCUUUGCUCCGCUGCAGUUUACUUCCGUCCCUAAGCGGAUGUAUUGCCUGUUGGGGUUGGGGAGGGGUUGUUUCCAUCUGCCUCUUGGAAAGAUUCUUUUUGUUUGGUUGAGAGUCAACCACAUCCGAAGGACCCAAAUGAGAUUGCAGUAAAAUUGGGUGGAGCACCUUGCAUGACUUCGGAAGUCAACGGUUGAUGAUGACUUGUGCCAGCUGCUAUAACUUUGGCCAAGCUGCUCGAGGAGCAAGGCUCCAAUUCGUAGAUGAGCCAAUUAUUUCACCCAUCUCAAAAGAGCUAAGUUAUCAUACGUACCCCUCUUUUAUUAUCUAAGUAUUAAUAAUGAAGCUUGAUUACUAUUGCUAGUUUUUAUCACCAUUAUUUAAUAGGGGGCAAGUAUCCCGAAAUUAAAUAAUGUCGAGUAAAGCUCAGAUGAGAAAAACUCUAGUGAUAAUCAUUUUCACCGUCAUUUUAAUAAAUGACUGGGUGUUGUGGGCCCGUCGGCCCGCUCCUGAUCGGCUUUAAUUAGCGAGCGGAGUAUACUUGAAUGGCCUUUGAUAGGGAAAUAUCAGUGCUAUUGCCUGUUACAUCACUACUAUUUAUUAGGGAUAAAAUGUCCCGAAUUAAAUAAUGUGGAGCGAAGCUCUAGUGAUGGUUGGUUCAGCCAACAUUUUAUUGGAUAUUUAAUUUCUUAUGGGCCCGUUAGCCCACUCUCGAUCAGCUUGAUUAAGCGAUCCGAGCGUCUCCAGUAGGGCGAUGCCCCGACGACGCAUUUUAAUUUGAGGGUUGCACGUUAGUCCGCACGGCACUACGUGCCCGAUCGACGAUCGUACCCCAAUAUCAUCUACGCCAUUAGGCGCGAAGUGACUUUUGCCAGACGCGGCCUGUGGGGCCCCGAGGGCACCAAAGCGCUCGGCCUCGUGUUUCCGAGGGCGGUGCGACCAACUUGGGUCUGAGUUUGAAAACUCACGGACCGAUGAAUAUCUCUAUGUGACGUUCGGCGGGCUGCCAAUUGGCCCCGCCGUGAGCUGCUGCAUCCAUCAGUCCCGCACGAUGAGCCGGGCCAAGGGUCACGAUGACCCAUAGGCCGGUAUUCGUGGAUGUUAGAGAGAAAGCCAUACGACUGGCUAUGUAUAUAUACUGUCGGGCCGUGCGGCCCGUUAUCAUGCUUAUUGCGCAGCUGAAGCCACUCGACGCGCUCGAGCGAAAUGAUUAAAAGACGCUCGGUCCGAAUCUUGAAGACGUUCAGGGCCAGCUAAAGAGGAGACCACCACGGUUGAGAACCGUGGGACGAGCAUCUCCACCCCAGAGACCGAUGGCCUAGGGAGAACACCUAGAGGCCGAGGGUCUAGAGGCGAAUGCCAUGACAGAGAACCGUGAGACGAUCACCCGUCAUUCAGAGGCCGAGGGCCUAGAAGAGAUCGUCACGGCCGAGGGCCGUCUGACGCCAUCAUUACAUCAUGACCGGCCUCUCGGCACGGCGUGUUUAUCUUUUGAAGACCGGCCUCGUCCCCGCGCUGCGUGGAUGAGGACCGUUGCUUGAUUUUAGGUCGGCCUCUCAUUGUCGACAUCAUUAUAUCACGACCAGCCUCUCGGCACGGCGUGUUUAUCUUUUGAAGACCGGCCUCGUCCCCGCGCUGCGCGGAUGAGGACCGUUGCUUGAUUUUAGGUCGGCCUCUCAUUGCCGACAUCAUUACAUCAUGACCGGCCUCUCGGCUCGGCGUGUUUAUCUUUUGAAGACCGGCCUCAUCCCCACGCUGCGUGGAUGAGAGUCGUUGCUGGAUAUAUCGGCCUGAUCGGACACUAUUGCCGUCUCCAUUAUCAGGACCGACUGCUCAGCGACAUUAUGAUCAUUGUAUAUCGGCUCCCAAUGCCGACCUUCUUGAGUUACCGAUUGGGCUCACCCCUCCCUUCAGAAGGGUGACCAUCGCCUUCGCAUGACGACCAGCGUCUCCAUCGCCUCGUCAUUAUAUUCGUUAGCUAUGCCACCACCAUUAUGUGUGACAUCCCGUGAUCCCUGCGAGUUUCUUGGAUACCGAAUGUCUUCUUCGAUGUAGGAAGAUCAGUAGGACCACGGACCAGGGACGGACAAAGAAGAGCUAGGGAAUCUCGAUGUAGAUAAACCUGUUCCUCCUUGCGAGUUUCGCGGAUACCGAACGUCUCUUCGAAGCAGGAGCGCCGGUAGGACCAAGAACCAAGGACGAACGAAGAAUAUAGAUUGCCUCCCUCAAACAAAAAAAAAAAGAUGGGGAGAAGAGGAGGGUAGCUCCUAUGUGGAAGGGAAUCUUGCCCGGGCGUGCCAGAUCUUCUCCCACCGCCGAAGACGAACGCCUCUCGAUGUAGAGGUCACUAGAGACGCGGAGGGGGCUAGACGAACCAAGGGAGCUUUGCCAAGAUAAACCUGUUUAUCCCACAACGACCAUGGAUCGAUGGACGUGGGAUAACAAAGCCGGGAACCCGUGAGGGUAAACCAGUUCGUCCCUGCGAGUUCCUUGGGUACCGAACGUCUUCUUUGAAGCAAGAGACGCCGGUAAGACUAAAAGGACCACGGACGAACAAAAAAAGGGGGAAUCUCGAUGUAGAUAAACCUGUUCCUCCUUGCGAGUUUCGAGGAUACCGGACGUCUCUUCGAAGUAAGGACGCUGGUAGGACCAAGAACCAAGGACGAACGAAGACUAAAAGACUCCAAAAAAAAAAAAAAAAAGAUGCCAGAAGAGCACAGAGCAAAGAAUGAUUUUAUCCCUCGGCGCUAUUGGCCGGGAAAUACAAACUGGAAAACAUAUGUAAAGAAUAAUUACAAAACUUAAGUACGAAGAAUGAAGUGGCCGACGACGAUCGGCUAACAUCAGGUUUUCUUUUGCCUCGAACGACGAUUAGCUCCCCAGAUCAGACGGAGGGACGACGCCCAGGUCCACCCUUCCUCCCAGGAUGAAGUCCUGGCAGACGAUCGGCUUCUCAGCGCCAUCGUGUCUCUUUCACGUUCGGAUCGCCCCAUUCCCUCCAGGAUGGCGACGAACGUCUUAUGCAGUGCGAUCGGCCCCUCAGCGCCAUCGUACUAGAUCUCACGGUUCGGCUCGCCCAUUCCCUCCAGGAUGGCGACGACCGUCUUAUGCAGCACGAUCGGCUUCUCAGCGCCAUCGUGUCUCUUUCACGUUCGGAUCGCCCCAUUCCCUCCAGGAUGGCGACGAACGUCUUAUGCAGUGCGAUCGGCCCCUCAGCGCCAUCGUACCUGAUUUCACGGUUCGGCUCGCCCAUUCCUUCCAGGAUGGCGACGACCGUCUUAUACAGCACGAUCGGCUUCUCAGCGCCAUCGUGUCUCUUUCACGUUCGGAUCGCCCCAUUCCCUCCAGGAUGGCGACGAACGUCUUAUGCAGUGCGAUCGGCCCCUUAGCGCCAUCGUACCUGGCUUCACGGUUCGGCUCGCCCAUUCCCUCCAGGAUGGCGACGACCGUCUUAUGCGGCACGAUCGGCUUCUCAGCGCCAUCGUGUCUCUUUCACGUUCGGAUCGCCCCAUUCCCUCCAGGAUGGCGACGAACGUCUUAUGCAGUGCGAUCGGCCCCUCAGCGCCAUCGUACUAGAUCUCACGGUUCGGCUCGCCCAUUCCCUCCAGGAUGGCGACGACCGUCUUAUGCAGCACGAUCGGCUUCUCAGCGCCAUCGUGUCUCUUUCACGUUCGGAUCGCCCCCAUUCCCUCCAGGAUGGCGACGAACGUCUUAUGCAGUGCGAUCGGCCCCUCAGCGCCAUCGUACCUGAUUUCACGGUUCGGCUCGCCCAUUCCUUCCAGGAUGGCGACGACCGUCUUAUACAGCACGAUCGGCUUCUCAGCGCCAUCGUGUCUCUUUCACGUUCGGAUCGCCCCAUUCCCUCCAGGAUGGCGACGAACGUCUUAUGCAGUACGAUCGGCCCCUCGGCGCCAUCGUACCUGAUUUCACGGUUCGGCUCGCCCAUUCCCUCCAGGAUGGCGACGACCGUCUUAUGCAGCACGAUCAGCGCCCCAGCGCCAUCGUGUCUGGCUCACGUUAGGGUCGCCCAUCCCUUUCAGGAUGGCGACGAACGUCUCUUAUGCAGCACGAUCAGCGCCCCAGCGCCAUCGUGUUUGGCUCACGUUAGGGUCGCCCAUCCCUUUCAGGAUGGCGACGAACGUCUCUUAUGCAGCACGAUCAGCGCCCCAGCGCCAUCGUGUCUGGCUCACGUUAGGGUCGCCCAUCCCUUUCAGGAUGGCGACGAACGUCUCUUAUGCUGCACGAUCAGCGCUUCAGCGCCAUCGUGUCUGGCUCACGUUAGGGUCGCCCAUCCCUUUCAGGAUGGCGACGAACGUCUCUUAUGCAGCACGAUCAGCGCCCCAGCGCCAUCGUGUCUGGCUCACGUUAGGGUCGCCCAUCCCUUUCAGGAUGGCGACGAACGUCUCUUAUGCAGCACGAUCAGCGCUUCAGCGCCAUCGUGUCUGGCUCACGUUAGGGUCGCCCAUCCCUUUCAGGAUGGCGACGAACGUCUCUUAUGCAGCACGUCUGCCUCUCGGCGCUGACAUGCCCGGUUUAUCGAUAAGAGCCACCACUUUCUAUCACAUCUCACAUUCCUUCUCUCAUACAUUGCACCCAUACAUUACAUGCAUUCAUGCAUUCAUACAUUCAUACAUACACACGUGCAUCAUGUUUUGACAGUACCGCGACGUCAGUUUAUAGAUGCAUGGACCUCUAAGCUUCUCUGUUGGAAAGCUUGAGUCAGAGUCCUUUACUCUCGCCUGAUGCAUUCAGGGGGAGCGUGCCCGUGGAGGAGCACCCUUCGCCCGACCCCGUCGGGAACGGGGCUGCCUCACCGGCAGAUUACGUUCAGGAGUGUGGACACCCACUCAUAUGUUAUGAUUAUUCGAAGACACAGUUUCCAGCAAGACAGAGGAAGAGCGCAUGCAAGAGUAUAUUUUCUCGAGCAGAUUCGCGCACUCACUACUCAAGAAACUGGGGGACUUGUGUUGGGAUAUAUUAUCCCGGCUUAUUACUGUUCAGGAGCCCAAGACAUCACUCAGUACGGAACCCGAGCAGCUAGGUCCAUUUCGGUCCAUUCUGGCCCACUUUAGCCAUUUGGGCCCAUUCCGGCCCAUGCGGCCCAUUAGGGUGGAUAUUUUCCCAUCCCUUUUCCCUAUAAAUAAGGAGCUUAGCCUCCAUUGUAGGGAUCCCUUCUUUAGCUUCUUCUUCCUUAUUUCUCUCUAGCUAGCUCAAUACUCCAUAAAUGGAGCUCAAAUUGUACUAUGUAAUGGUGAGGAGAGAUUAAUGAGAAUGAGAGGGCUUGGACAUUAGCCUAAAAAGUCCCGUGGUUUUCUCCCUUUCGGGUUUCCACGUAAAAACUGAGUGUUCAUACAUAUAUUUACUAUAUCGUGUUGGAUUAAACUCAACAUAGUGUUUUAUUAUUUUAUAGCUUUCCGGUGUGGGACAAAUACUUCAACACGGAUUAAAUGAGCUUGCUAUGUUGUCUAUUGAGAAAGAAGUUGCUGAACAAGUUGAUUAUUCAGACUUGAUUAAUACUUUUGCAGCAAACACUAUGGGGCAUGUUGCCUUUAAUUAGGUAUUUUGAUAUUUAUUUUAUUAUAAUAAACUAUUUUUUUUGUUUAUUUUUUAUGGUGCUUAAGGGCCUUUUUAAUUUAUACCAUUCGACUCAGACCAAAAAAAUCUUAGGAUCGGCCCUGGUAAGAUUUGUUUCAUAAUACCAUCAAUGGAAGAUUCUUUAUCAAACCACCAACAUAUAUAUGAGCAUUUAUUGAUAAUGAUAAUGGACUUGUAUACUUCGUAUGUUUUAUUUCGAGUUCUAGUACGUAGUUAAAAGGAUGAAAGAUAAGCAAGAAUGCAUGAUCUCACACGUCACACCUGGUAGAGAUCUAUAUUUCAUGAUCUGCUGUAAGGAUGUUGUAGCAGCAACUUGAUGCAGCAGCAGGAGCUGCUGCUUACUUGAAUAUCCAAUGUGAAUGAACCCUCCAUUCCCAGAUCUUCCCCUCAAAUCCCGACCUGCCAUCAUGCCAUGGCAAUCUGAAUCAUCACAUAAUAAAACUCAUGAAUACAAUAAUGUCGUAAAUUAAAGUACAUAGUUUCUAUGAAGCCCGGAAACUCUCCUAAAAGAGUAUGUUUUCCAAUUCCGAUUUCCUCGUGAUUUUCAUGUUUUCGUACAAAAACUUGAGAUACGUACCUUUUAGUUUUUGAAGGAGGCCAUAGGAAUGGGUGGUUUGCAAAUGCUCCAUCUGAUCUGCGUAAUUAGCCUCCAGAUUCAGUACUGCGAGAGAGAUCGAAUGCGUCUACAAUUUAACUGAACGCCGUACCAUGUUUAAGGACGGUGCUGACUGGACCUGACAGGGUUGUCAAUUUAACAGUUAAUCGAUUGUACCUGUCCCACUUCAAUAUUUUGUAAUACUUGGAGGGCUAAGUAGCAAAUAGUCUACGUGUACAUAUCCUUGCCGGAAAUCAAAGAUCAUUAAUUAUAUGGAUUAGAAUUAUAACUCUAGUUAUUAAUGCACUACAAAAAAAUCACAGGAUUGGCACAGAUGUGACACGGAUUUAUCGAUGAUAAUUUCGUGUCAAAUAGCUCGUGCAAAACUGUUUUUGGCACGGAAUUAGCAUAUCUUUGCCAAAAUUCCUGCCAAAAAUGUCAAUCCCGUGUUUUUUAUAAUGAUAUACACAUAAUUAUAAUAAAAAUAUUCAUUAUUAAUGAUCGUGUACUACUAAUAAAUUAAUAACAAUACACUGUAAUAGCAUUAUUACGUAGUAUUUUUAUUAGGUAGAUUCUAUGGUACCCAUAAGGUACCAUACAUUUGUCCACAUGGACCAAUGAUAAUAUUGCAGUUGAAUUAUUUAAAUCUAAAUUAAAAAUGAUAAAAUUAUGUGAUCCAAUCAAAUGAAUGGUAGGUACGGUACCCCAAUUUUUAAAAGAGUACCGGAGUUGUCACCUUUUUAUUAUUAUUAAUAGAAAGAACUAUCCUUUUUUUAUAAUAACAUACAAAUAAUAAAACCAACAAAUAACAAUAACAACAACAACAAUAAAUAUAAUAUUGAUAAUAACUAUACUAAUAAUAUAAAAAAUAUGAUUAUAAUAGUAAUACUAAUAACGGCUAUUGGCCCUAAAUGGGACUAAAAGUAGCCCAAAAUUCCACAUUAGAACCAUAC